GUGUUUUCUGUGCAAGAUUUAAUGUGCAAAAGUUGGGCCGUUUUGGGUUCUUACGGAGCAAACCGCGCGUCAAUACUCGGCCGAAGCUACUGUUCGGGUGUAAGUGCUCCAGUUUUUGUGCUCGUUCCACCAUGAACUCCAGGACGCCGGGUGGCCAGGUGGAAACGAUUACGACCUGCACUAAGAACCUUCAUAAGGUACGUUAAGGCCGCUUCCUAUCUGACCCCCCCAUGCGCUUCCCGUGUGCAAAUGCACGAGCAAAUUUAGCGUUUCUUCAAGCCAAAAGAGACAAAUGAAAUCAUAAAGAUUGGACGGAUGGGCACAGUCAACGACAUCGUCGGCGAGCUUAAGGCUCGCGGCCGCUUUCUACCUCACGCAAAACGGGAAGGUAGGUAAAGACGGACACUCUGGGAAGGAUGGACACGUUCCAUAAUUGAAGGAUAAACUAGUUGUUAUACAUUUUAAUAAUACAGCUUCGAGUUUGAAGGAGAGCACGCCGGACAACCAUUUUUAGAUACGGUUUAAUUGGUCCAAUUGGGAAUGCAAUACAAUAUUCAAACUGUACACAUGCUUAUAAUUCUAAUUGGAUUACUGCGGAUAUUAAAUUCUAUUUACUUCUGUGAUUAAUAAAACAAAGCGAAACUGAUCCGACACCUUGUAGAAAUAUAGUCAGGAGUUACAACGGGAUUUCAAAGACUUGUUGGUCUGAUUUGCUGGGGUCAUCUACAUCAAGCAUUCUCCCAAAGUGCCGCAGUCUUAACUGUCCUUCCGUAGUAAACUUGAAGCAACACCAGAUACUUGCGCCCAGAGGUUUCAAUAAUGCCUCUGCUCAGCAUUCUUGAGAGUUAUUGUGCGUGGUGACUCACUAUUCACUCACUAAUUUCUUCAAUUUAUAACGAUUUCUAUCAGUGACCAUCCUUCCCAUGUUACGUCAGGUCAGGAAACAAAAAACUUUGCAAAAAAAAACAUAAUCAUUGAUAGAAACUUCCAUGAUGCAACAGAUUUCCGAAUGCAAGGUGACUGGGAAAAAUGGCCUGCAGAUGUUUCGCGCACGCCGUAUUUAUAUUAAUUUAGACUAUUAAAAUGUAUCUGUACGUGUCCGUCUGUCCUUACCGUCCCGUAAACGAACGAUAGCGUUCCAUCGAUUUCUCGUUUUGUUUUUAUCUCUUUAUCCCACGUUUUCCCUCCUACAGCUACAGCGCGAGCUAGCAUAUAUUUCUCAAAAACCCGCAAAAGCGCACGUGCUCCGCGGGCGUGCAUACAUUUCAGGCGCAUACAGCUGACAGACACGGCACAGCGCUCACCCGCGGCUAGCACGCGGCACCUGGUACUAGACCAAAGUAUGCUCCUCCACCCUCUUUCCCUUCUUCCCUUUCACCUUCCUGUUUGUGUUGCACAAAAACUCUCCCUUAUCCUAUGCUUUGAAGCAACCGCCAGGCUUGCAUAGGAACGAACGCUUGCCGAGGGGUUUUUAUUUUUUAUCUUUAUGUUUAUGCCACUGUGAAACGAACGGGGUUUUCCACGCAGCAGCUGCAAGAGAGCAUUAUCAUUAUUAUUUUGCCAUUUCCCCGGGUAAUCUUCUGCUGAGCUGCGCGUAGUAUCUGGUGCAGCAGACGAUGCGAAAGCUUCCUCCUAUUUUUUGCGCCCACAGUGUAGGCAAUCUUGUGCUCGGGGUCGGCAGGUGACGAUUGCCAACUGUUGCAGCUGAUUCCCAAUCAACAAACAAGCCAAAAAAAACAACAACAACAAAAAGCUUCUGCAUACACACUCAUACUAAACUUUGUUCCGAUUAUUUCCCCCCCCCCUUUUAUUCUCUCUGUCCGUCUCCUUCGCUCUCCCUCCCUCUCUCUCUCUCUCUCUCUCUUUCAAAUGCAUUAUCCUUGCUCCCGAUCCGAACCUGUCAUGAUGCUGUCGCGCCUUCAAAUCCCCUCCCUGUGGUCCCGGUGCUGCGGCCUCGUGCUGCUCGUGGGCCCCCCCCCCUCCCAUUCCCUGAACUCCUCCAAACCCCUCUUUACUUCCCACAGGCAUGGGUAACCGGUUCGACGACAAUCGGCUAACGCUGCGGAUACACCGGGGGCGCGGGUCAACGAGCGCACCGCUGCACGAGUCGCCGCACAGCAACGGCAGCACGCACAGCACCACCACCAGCAUCGGCAGCGCGUCGCCCGAGCGGCUCUCCCGCUACUCGACCCGGGGCAAGCUGGUGGGGCACGGGGGCACGGCCCCGCAUCCGACCGCACACCACGAAAAGAUCAAAAUCUCCGUCUCGUACCCGUCGACCGAGAACGUGGCCCAAAGCUGCCAUGCAGAGGCGGGCGGUGGCCCAUCCUCGCCGGCAGUGGCGGCGGCUGCGAUGGCGACCAGCUCCUCGUCGGCCGGAGGCGGCGGCGGCACCAAGCUGCUGUACGCCGUCCACUACUCGUCGGCGAACGGGCGGGACAGCAACGCGUCCCAGAUCUUCCGCCGCCCGUCGAAGGAGCAGCAGAUGGGCAGCGUGCUGGGCGGCUCCACCCAGUACCUGACCGUGUCGGAGCAGCAGCAGCAGCAGCAGCAGCAGUCGCACCGGGAGCGGGGCAGCAGCUUCCUGUCGCCGCGGGCCAGCAAGCGCAUGGGCAAGCGGAACAUCAAGGCGCAGGUGAAGCGCUUCCGGAUGGAGACGAAGGCGGCCAAGACGCUCGCGAUCAUCGUCGGGCUGUUCGUGCUGUGCUGGCUGCCGUUCUUCACCAUGUACCUGGUGCGCCCGUUCUGCGACGACUGCAUCAACGAGCUGCUGUUCUCGAUCGUCUUCUGGAUCGGGUACUGCAACUCCGCGAUCAACCCGAUGAUCUACGCCCUGUUCUCGAAGGACUUUCGGUUCGCGUUCAAGCGCAUCAUCUGCCGCUGCUUCUGCUCGGGCGGCCGGUUCGCCGGCGCGGUCGGCAGCAGGCGCGGCUCGGACAUGUCGCAGAUGCGGGCGCACGGGGGCCGCACGCCGAGCAUUUCGCCGAGCGCGGCCGCCCAGUCGCUGUGCGACGAUAGCGAUCCGGUCGGCGGCGACCUGUCCGACUCGAGAUGACGAACGUCGUACGCGCCGAGCAUCAGUUCCACCUCGAGCCGGGGGGGCGGUGGCGGCGGCGGCGGCGGCAUGAUGCUGCUCGCGAGCACUGCCGCCGGGGGAGGCGGGAUUGGCGGUGCCGGCGGCUCCACCGGAGAGGUGGGGCAUGGGGGCAGGAGCAGCAUCAGUAGUGGGGGCACGACGGCCGGCACGAACAGUGCGGUGGGCGGUACAGCCGCCAGCCAUCCGCUGGGGGCGGCGGCUGGUUCGAGUGGAGCCAGUGGCGGCGGCUGUACAGGGACGCUGGUGCGGGCCCCGAACGUGUACGACAUCUGCCACCCGCUCGUGAUGGAAAGUCCCGCUUCGAGCGGUGGUGGGCUCGGGCCGCUGCAGGGCCACCCGUUGGCGCCGCUGCCGCCCCUGCGCAGCCGCCUCGAGCCGGACUCGUCCCGCAGCCUGCGGCGGCUAAACAUUUGAUCGUUUUGGGAGCGCUCCAUCUGGCACUUUUGCGACCAGAGCUAGAGAGGACGCUACAAGACGCUACAGGGGCGGUGUGUGUGUGUUCGUGUGUGUAUGAAUGUAAGUGAAUGAUGGAAAGACGCAAACAGCCGCCAUGUACAUACGUCGUCAAGCCAUACGUCAUCAGCAUAUCACUGUUUGUGUUGCCUCUCUCCCUCACUCACAUGCUCUUUGCCGCCCCCAAAAACUAAGCAAAAGAAAAUAAUAAGCAAGUGUGUGUGUGUAUAUGUAUGUGUGUGUGUGAGAGGAUGAGUGCGUGCGCAUGUGUUUGAGGAAGUGUUUGUUAGCUUAACUUUACGUCACGAUAACUACGGUAGAGCAUUGUAAGUGUAAAUGUGUAUUGUAUACGGGUAACCAGCAAGGUAGUGUGGUAGCAGGGCGAGAUGGUGAAAGAUGGGUAGCUUCUACAAAAGCGGCUCCUUGAAAACAGCAACAACAACAGCAGCAGCAGCAGCAACAACAAAAACGCAAGACACAAUUUACAUACUUGUUAGCUUCCCGUGUCCUGCUAAUCCUAAGCAAGCAACUCCGAACGAGCAGGCCUUUGAAGUGGGUCAUGGAGGGUAUUCUUACUCCAACACACUCCCCACACUCUUCAACCAGCCCUCUCGCAACCCCGCAUGGUCUCGCUCACUCGAUACAGAAAUCACAACACCAUUACAGCUAAUUAGCAGGACAAACGCUUCACGGCAACGAGCUGUCUGGGUGGGGAAGGGCUGGGGUGAAAAGUUGACGUUGUUGUGCAACUGCGAGGGAGGGGUAAAAGGAAGCAGCACAUUCGAACCACUGUAUGGGCGUGUGUUCUGCUUUCGAUUAAGGAAGCUUCUUCGGGGAAGAGCGGUGAAAAUGGUUGAAAAGCAACGGGGAGGGAAAGGAUAGAACAACACGCAAACAACGCCAUCAUUAGGUUGUUUCUCAGGUCGUUGUGGGUGAAUCGCGGAGGGGGUGGGGGGAGGGACUGCGGUCGAAGUCGAACGGGGAGGGGGGACAACAAAACAAUGAAAACAAUAAUUUUAAAACAUCAUCCUCUUCCUCCUCUCCAGCCCGCGGUACUGCGCGCGGAGAAGAUAGAAAGGAACAUGAAGGGGUUGAGUUUGAUAAGCCAAGCUCGCUCCACGACCCCGUUGCAUUCAUCCCAGUCACCGCGUUAAGGCACACCACAGCCUACGAGCCACGUGCACGCCAAGUGUGUAAGCGAGUGGAGCCGUUCGAGCACAGCGUUCUCGCGGCUGUAUUACUGCUAGAAGUUUGCUGUUUUGUCAGUGUAAACACGUGAACCAGCUAAUAGGAGGCGGCUACGCGGAGGCGGCUCGUGUGCGAGGGAGCGCUCACGAGUUGCCGCUGUUUUUUUUGUAAAUUAAAAUCGUUCCACUUUCGUGUGUCGUACUAUUACAUUAAACUGGGAAAAAAAAAAAUGGAGAAAAUGUGCAAAAAAGAACUGGAGCAGGCUGAAGUGAAGAAGAAAAACAUUGUAACACAUAUUACACUACGAUUAUAGAAUAAUAGAGCAAAAGCAAAACCCUUAUUAUCACCAUCACACAGCAGAACAGAAGCAAAUGUGCGCACAGUGCGUGCGAGAGUGUUGAGCUUUUCUUCUGGAUUUUCUACGAGAAGCUGCUCCCUCGCCCCGAACAGUCAGGUUCUUGUGCUGCCUUCCCAGUGCUAAACACAGCAACAAGCCCGAUCAAAGCUGUCGUUUGGGGCAGCGCCGGCUGGGUGGCGUAGCGUUUUGCUGCCGCCGUGCUGUAAGCGCCUGUAAGGUAGUCUAUCCGCACGGCACGCGUAAAGCGCGCGGCCGCCCCUGAAACGCUUCACGCGACCACGAAAUAACGGGAGACAUACACACACACACAGAGCCACACACACACACACACACACACACACACACACACACACACACACACACACACAAAAACAAGAGAUAGUGAGAAACAUUAAAUUAAAUUUUGCGACACGGCAAACUAACACUCCCUGGCACCUCUUCUAAGCACAAACUUUUAUACAUAUACAUACAUAUACAUAUAUAUAUAUACACCGAUACACACCGAGUUUACACUCAUUCACCGGUACCCAGCUAAGGCAGAGGAAGAGGAAUGAAAAAAAACGAGUACAAUAUGCGCCUACUAAUUGUUGUUUCUUGUUGUCUAGUUGAUCUUCUUGUCGUGUCGUACAUGCAUAAAAUGCAACUUCCCACACAGAGCUGGCCCAAUCUCCCGUUUCGUGCUGGCCUUUAAACGAUGAAGCAUGAAUCGGCGAGAGCGUUGUGCGGACUUUUCCCCUUUUGCUGUCUAGUUGCGAAGCAAUGGAGAUGAAGAGACGAUGGAUGCUUAAAACGGGAACGAGCGAGAGAUGGGGUCAAAAUUUAAAAGAAAACACCGCACCGCAACAUGGCAUCGCUCCUGCUCGCAGCGGUGGCGGGCGUAGGUUUAUUUAUGGCAACAUUUAUAAUCGUUAUAUGCUCGUUAGCUCCGGUGAGCCAACGCUAGGGUACAUAAACAUGCUUCCAGGUAUGGAGCGACACCGGCCCGAGGGCUGAUGCAAAUGUGGCUCUCCCCGGGCUCAGUGCACGCGCAGUGCAGGAUGCAAAAACGCUUCACUCCAGACUGUUACGUCUUGUUACGUUACGUUACGUUACGUGUGGUUAGGGUGUAAGAUGGUAAACGGGCUAAAGCUCCGCGUCCGCGGGAUCACCGUUUGUAGAGGAAAGAUUCCGCUCAGCUGCAAAAAAAAAAAGGCAGCUCAGUGGAAACCGAGUGUCGAGAGCGAAACACCUGUUAAACAAAUGUAAAUGUAGCACAAUUCCAAAUAAAAAAAAAUUAAAAAAAUAAAACCAAACAAAUGUAACAGGGAAAAACAACCCAAAAACAACAAAACAGCCAACAGACAACACUUAUCAAAAACAAUUAAAGUGUGUGAAGAGAAACCCCACAACGUACGAAAAUGCAUCCCGCCUGCGGGGAAAAGAAUACAAAGCAAAUGAAUUGCUAGCAACAGUAGACGGUAAGAGUUUGAAGAUAUGGGGGGGGGGGGUGAUGGAGAAAUGGUAACAAAACAAAAAAACAAUAUAGUAAGAGAAACCAGUGAGCAGAACAGAAAAUGCAGAAAACCAAAAAAAAACACGAAUAUAGCAAGGUAUGUUUUAUGUUUUAAAUGAUGGCAAACCAAAUGAAAAAGGGUGAAAAAUAUAGAUAAUAGAAAAAGAGAUUCGUAAUAAACCACCAUAAGAAGAAAAAAAAAAGAGCAACAUAAGUGAAAUCAUUAAAAGCAUUGAAAUAUAAUCAUCACAAUGUUUUGUUUUUCUUUCAUAGUCAAACAUCAUGCGAUUCUUGCAAUGUCAUGGGGAGCUAGGGUAGGGGAGACUUACUGUCCAAUUCUUCGUCUUCAGAUUCUGAACAGGGGAAAGGUUUCCAUAUACCACACACUCUUCAUCUCUUUCAAACUAAAAAAAAAAAAAACAAGAAAACUGCACACAUUUCC